AUGGGCACCCAUCACAACCUCGACUCGUUCACCAAUCUCCAUCUGCCGCCCACCUUUCUUUCAUCCUCUCAGCCAGCACCCACGUCUUCAACACCAGCACACACUCCCAGCUACAUCAAUUCGAUAACCGAGCGUGUCAAAACAGAUAUUGUCAAGCAGGAAAAUGGAAAACCACCACCAAAGCCCCGGAAAAAGAGAGGCAUGUACAAAAAGACCAUCCUCAGGAAGCAGGCAGAGGCCGCUGCCGCUGCUGCCGCAGGAUUACCGCUUCCGCAACCGUCACCAGCUACGUCAGACAAUCAGCAGACCGCUUCGUCCGCAGCAGUCUCAGCUGCAAAAGGAAAGGCGCGGGCUGAGCAGCCACCUACUACUUCAACUGUCGAAAAUCCUGAUGUUCGAUCACGCAAGCAUGGGCGUGAGCACGCGGCGAGUCCAACAACUCUCGAGAUGGAGCGAGAACUCGCCAUGCUAGCAGAAGAAGCCGAGGAAGACAGAAGACGUCGAGAGGAGGAGGCUGCAGAUCGAAUAUUGAAACGUGCGCAAGUCGUCAAGCACCUUCGUUCUCUCAAGUCCAAACUGGCUACCGCGCAGAUUCAGAUCGGUCAAGAUUUGCAUUACCAAAGUAUCGAUCUCUUCUCGCAGUUGUACGAUGAGGUGCUCGAAGACAUUGGACGCGACAACAACUCAGAGCUGCUGAAUCUCCUUAAAAGUUCGGCACAGGAGCAAACGGAGAAUCAGGACUCGGACUUGGAGGAUUCAGCAGCAGUCGAUCACCCCGUACAUAUGCCAACACGGUCAUCCGAUAGAUCAAAAAAGCGGGAUACGGAGAACGACACCUCUACUCAUAGGAGCAUUCGUCGAGGCAAGCGCAGCAGUCAAUACAUCGGCCAGUCCUGGGAUAUCGGCUCUGGACUGGAUGGCUUUGGACUGGACGGGCGGAAGACAACAUCUGGGUCGUCGAACUAUAGGUGCCACCUUCAAUCAAGCAAUCCUGUCAUUCACCUGGACCUUGAGGACGACAACGAUAAUGAUGAGGGGUUUGAUGCUCACAACUUAAGGAAAAAGCAGGAAAAGAAGGAAGAGCAACUUGAAGCGCUUCCACAGGCGCGGGAGGAACUUCAGCUUCGGCAGCGCCAGGAAUUGGAAGAACUUCAGCUGAAACAGCGUAUGGAGCAGGAAGAAUUUCAGCGCCGGCAGCUGGAACAAAUUCGAGAGUUGCAAACGAGGCAGAACGAGGAUAGCAAGAGGUUUGAGACUGCCUGCGCAAGACUGCACCGCGAGCGCUUAGAAGAGCUGAUUGAGAGGAAACAGCGGAUCAGUCAAUCACGGGCGAGGCACAAGGAGUCCUAUUCGUCCACAUCGCAGUCGUACGAAUUCGACAAUGGUUUUCAGUCUCCCAGUGCAGGUCGUUCUCCAUCACAUUCGCGAUCACCAUCGCCAGCGCCGCCACAGCACCAUUCACCUCGACAAUCCCACGAGCGCCAUUCGUCGUUGAUCUAUGCCACAUCGUCUGCGGAUCAAAUAAUGUCCAGCAAAAAUACGUCGUUGUCUUCAGAUCCAACUCAGCCAACCCCAAAGUCGCACAAGGUCGACGAAAUCAUCAACCCUUUGCCCAUGUCGACCAUGACGCUUGCUUUGACAAGCAUGAACGAGAAGAAGAAGCAGCUAAAGAGGGCUUUAAAAAAGCAGAUGGCGCAGGAGGACAUGUAUGACAAAGACGCCGAGAAACACGACAUUACAGAUCAGCAGGAGACUGGUCCUGGCCGUAGGCUCCUCAGUCCACCAAUAUGGAGUCAGAAACGCCAUGCUGCUGAGGAUACAACAAGGAUUAAGAGAAGCGCAUCUGUGGUCAGUUCUUCAAUGUCACCGACACCACAACGUGCACAACGGCAUACACCCGACCAUCGCUCCCACUUGGAUCAAGCUCAAACGCCACGGUCAUACGUUAACUCGCAUCACCCGUCAUCGUUGCAUCAAGCGCAUCGGGAUUCUUCAGAGGAGAUGCUUUCGCCAACUCUUAAGCCCAAAGCCAAGAAACGCAAGAAUCCAGCGCCGCACGAUCAUUCAUCAGCGACCAAAGCAUCCAUCGGAUUCAAUAAGACUCUCUUGAGUCAAUUCGACAGAUGGAACCAAGAUGAAAGGACUGAGAAUCUAUUCGACUUUGUUUUGAGCGAUCCUCCAGAUAUCGAUGUCGACGAUGCCGAGGUCGAGGGCCUCUUGGACGACGAGAAACAUCCAUCAGGACAAGGCGACCAUCAAAAGUUAAAUGUCACACCAACGUCGAACGCGUUCCGAUGGUAUCAAGAGCAGCAAAUUCUGGCUCAGGAACUUGCAAGACAACCCAAGAUCGCACCAUUGCAAUUAUCAGAUGACGAGAGUACGGUUGCUCAACGAAAUCAGAGGCUGCAGAGCGGGACCACGAGGAUGGCAGGGCAUACGGCACAGGAUGAAGGUCAAGCUCAUAAUGGAUUGGUCUUGGAAGGAGAACUCGUACUAGGAGAAGACCCACUUGCGGCAUUCGUCCCUCCUCGGAAGAAACCAAACGACACCAGGAAGGCGCGCGACCAUCAUCAUAAUAGCAACCAUCACCAUAAUGGAGGCAGCAGCAGCAGCAGCCAUAACCACAGCCAAGGUUUGCAGGACGCCAGCAAUCAUAGCAGCGGUAUGCCAGAUUCUUCACCCUUCCUGUCCGCGGUUCAAAUGCUGUACUCUGAAGACGGACCGGAUGAUUGGAACUUUCAGCCAUUUUCGAUGGACUCUACGGACGAGUACUUGAAUCAUGAUUCGCCUCUGCAGGCCAGCAGCGAUUACGAGCAGCUGAAUUUUCAAUAG